AUGGCUUUGGUCAAUGGCGAUGUCCCGCGAUGGGUGGCGGACCUACAGUCUCCCCCUGCUGCUAAGUCCAAGGUCCCCGGCAUCUCCGAUCCCCCAGGCUACCCGUCGCAGACCUCGUCCGGCUCCAAGAAGCAGAAGGACCAGAAGGCUAUUCAGCCGCGCAAGCAACAGACACCCGAGGAGAUGGAUACUCUGAAAGUCAAGAAGGCGUGGGAGGUGGCGCUCGCCCCCGUCAAGAACCUGCCAAUGACGGCAAUCAUGAUGUACAUGUCCGGCAACUCGCUCCAGAUCUUCAGCAUCAUGAUGGUCUUCAUGGCUUUCAAAAACCCUCUGAUGGGUCUCACCGCGGUGAACCAGGCAUUCGAGAGGUUCGAGUCAGAAACAAACAAGGCCAAGAUGCUGCAGGUCAAGCUGGCAUACGUCGCUAUGCAAUUCGUGGCCCUAGCGCUGGUGGUUUGGAAGGUUAACUCGAUGGGGUUGCUGCCGUAUGUAUUCAUUCACAGGUUUGGUCACAAUGGCAUUGCUAACGCGGGAGUAGGACAACGAGGUCAGAUUGGUUGGCUUGGGAAGCUCGAAGAGAGGCUUUGGAGUCCUCGGUCCCCGCUUUAUAGACGACAAAAUGAUAUCCAGUAA